AUCCACCUGCGAGACAGCGCUCGGGGGAAACAAUGCUGCCUUUGCGCAGCCUGGUCUUGUUUACUGUCUUCUUUGACUGUACUUCAGAGUAGAAACGCCUCGGCUGUUGUGGUGCCUCUGGCUCAAAAGGACAAACACAAAAUGUCACGGUCUAUACUGUGAAAACCCGGGAACUACUGAACUUUUCAACAGGAACUUUCUCGUGGCCUUGUUUCCUGUCAGCACCAGUGACCAUGACGUGCCGGGACAUUCACGCCACCAACAUGUUUGCCUUCAUCUUUGCCUGUGUGUCAGUGGGAGGGCUGGCCGUGGCAACUGUCAUCCCACAGUGGCGUGUGACCAGACUGAUCACCUUUAAUCGUAACAGCAGGAACAUCAGUGUGUACGACGGUCUGUGGACCAAAUGUGUGAAGCAGGAUGGAUAUUCAGGAUGUUACAUCUAUGAUUCAGAGUGGUACUCCAAGGUGGACGUGCUCGACCUGCGACUCCUGCAGUUCGGUCUGCCCGCGGGGCUCAUGUUUGCCACCCUGUCUUUGCUCCUGUGUAUGGUGGGGAUGUGUAAGACCUGCUGCUGCUCAGACAAACCUGAACCAGAUAUUAAAACGACCAGAUUCCUAGUGAACAGUGCAGGCUGCCAUCUGGUGGCUGCCAUGUUCUUGUUCCUGGGUGGAGCCAUCGCUCUUGCGCCCUCAGUGUGGUUUAUAUUCCAGACUCAGGAGCUGAACAACAAGUAUGAAGUCAUUUUCUCAGACGGAUUUGCUGUGUACGUGUCCAUUGGCUGCUCCGGUGGAUUGAUACUGGCCUCGCUCAUGAUGUUCAUGUGGUACUGCAUGUGUAAGAAGUUGCCUUCACCGUUCUGGUUGCCAGUGUCCACCAUGUCGAACUCUCCCUCCACUCAGCCUUUAACUGCCAACGGAUACCCCCCCUCCCCGGUCUACGCCCCUCAGCCUUUGCCACCGCAGGCCCUCCCUCCAACCGUCAUUGACAACCAGCCUUUUCUGGUGCCACAGGGCUAUGCACAGAGUGUGGUUGCCCCUGCACCACCGCAGGUGUACGUGUCUCAGAUUUCUGCUCCUGAUGGGUACGGGUCAGAGGUGGGGAGGACCCAGGCCUACAGCUACGCUCCCUCCCAGGGCUACGCACCAUCGCAGGGCUAUUCGCAGGGCUACGCACCAUCGCAGGGCUACGCACCAUCGCAGGGCUAUGCGGCUUCCCAAGUAUAUGCUCCUUCUCAGGGCUACGCCUCCAGCUACAUGGGCCACCGCCAGUCCACCCGUUCACGUAUGUCCGGCAUAGAGAUUGACAUUCCGGUGCUGACGCAUGGGGAUUAACAAUCUCGGCAGGUUGAGUUUGAGAUUGAGACUGACAGUGUUACGGCUUCACUCAGUCCAGGUUGAUAAAUCACCACUGGUUGAAUGUUAAAGUCAGUCUCAUGUCAACUGGAGGUCUUUUAUGAAGGAAACAUUAACAGAAAUGAACAAAACCACUGGGGUUAGCAUCACUGGAUUAAGAUUAAGAUUAAGAAGGAAAAUCACCAGCGAAACACUAACACUAAAGACACUUAACUACACCAUACUUUUCACCUUUUUCUCUGCCCAGCUCUGUGUUUACAAGCAAAAGCAAAUAUUAUACUGUUAAUAUGUCUUUAUAUGAACAUUUUAUUCCAAGUCUCAGAUGAACCACAUUCAGGAAAUGUAGUUACGUUCUAAAAGUGGAAACGGUUUACUUGACUUUUUAUGUAUCAGAAAAAUGAAAAAAAAAACAUGUUUUUCACUGACUGCUUGUAUUUUAGAAAUGUAUCUUAAACAAAUGGAAAUAAGUGUCAGUGUCAGUUCACUUUGUUCCUGAUGGUUAAAAAUGUAAAUUGCCAAACUACAGAUGAAACAUUUUAUUGUUUUAUUUUAUUGUUACAGUACCACUACUGACCGAACUGUCAGCAUCAAUCUUUAUAGUAAUAGAUACUAACUCACUUUUUUUAUUCUGUAGAAUCCUGUUACUUUUAAGUCUAGUUGCUUUAUUUUUAACUCUUCCAUUUGUGGAGCAGCUUUUACUGUUUUUAUUAAUGCACUAAUUGAGUACAAACCGUAUCAGUCUCUAUGCCUUUGUUCACCGUUGUUGUGUACUUUGCUCUCACAGGAUUUAUUUGUUAGGGUGUGUGAUGAUCAUGGCACUAAGUGUUUUUAUUUUAAAUGUACAGGUGCAGAUACUCAUUUUUAUAUAUAUAUCAAUAUAAUGAAGAAAAAUAAAAAUCUGAAGAAGCGGUUCCUCCAGCAGGUUGUGGUGAAACGUGUAAAAACAACAACUACGAGAAAUGACUUGAUAUAUUUGUACGAUGAAGUCUCCGCCACUGUCUGUGUGAAGUGAAGUUGUUCAUGUCCACUGUGUCAUUGGUCGAGCCAAAAGUGACGAGUGAGGAGUUGGUCGUUGCCUUCUUUGUGUUUUUUCCUAAACAGCACUGAACAAUGUUUGUCUGUGAUUCUGUCAUGAUGUGAUUCAAACGAGUUUGUUUUUCUAUUGGAAAAUAAAACAAAAUAUAAAAUGA